AUGGGAAACCAACCUUCUAAAGGUUCGGGGUCUGCAACGCCGAGGAAUAGUGCAUCACAAACGUCUUUAGAUAAAGGAUCGGACAAUUUAUCAUCUUAUCCUUCGUUCAGCAAAGCGGAUACCAAGGAAUCCAACAAAUCAUUCCGAGGCGCGCUUCGAUCAAAAAUACCAGGUUCCAAGGUUGACAGCCCAAGAAAUUCAAUCGCGGGAAUAGGUGGCAGUGGAGAUGCAAACGACAGAUCAGAUGUUGCUUCGAUUAAAUCGGGGAAAAGCUCUAAAUCGGGCAAGUCAUCAGUUGCACCAGGCUCACCAACAUCACCUCAAGAUUCUUCGGAUGACCUUGCUUCACCAGUCGACGAUCUCAAACCUCCUCCUUCACCCGUUCAGUCUGCUUCCGUAAAAUCUGGACAUCACGAUGUUGGCGCUGCACAGCGCAGUGGUGAAGUCGAUCAUGUUUCCGACCAACCCCCCUCUGGCACAGUCAAUCCUUAUGCAGUUGGAGGACGAGCUGGGCAAUCUAUACUAGUUAAGAGAGCAAAUGAGAUUAACCCUGUUCAACACGAAGCCUUGCUGGCUGCUCCCAUAAAUGGGGCUAAUGAGUUAAGUCUCUCAACAUCCGCAUCGCCGCAAAUGUCAAUGGGCACACUAAAAGAAAAAGAACUCGACGACUACAUUUCGCGACUCUUGGAUGCAGGAUAUCAAGGGAAAAGCACAAAGGGAGUCUGUCUGAAAAGUGCGGAAAUUAACUCAAUAUGCGCUCGAGUAAGAGAGAUAUUAUUAGAACAACCACCACUGAUCGAACUGGAAGCCCCAGUUAAGAUUGUAGGUGAUAUUCAUGGGCAAUACUCGGACCUCAUACGCAUGUUUGAAAUGUGCGGAUUUCCUCCCUCGUCAAAUUUCUUAUUUCUUGGUGAUUAUGUCGAUCGAGGGAAGCAGUCUCUCGAGACGAUCUUAUUGCUCAUGUGCUACAAGAUUAAAUACCCCGAGAACUUCUUCUUGCUAAGGGGUAAUCACGAAUGUGCAAACGUUACUCGAGUUUAUGGGUUUUAUGAUGAGUGUAAGCGAAGAGCUAAUGUCAAAGUAUGGAAGACCUUUGUGGAUGUCUUCAAUUGUCUACCUAUUGCCGCAAUUGUCGCCGGAAAAAUCUUUUGUGUUCAUGGCGGUCUAUCCCCGGCUCUCAGUCAUAUGGAUGAUAUUAGACACAUUGCUCGACCGACAGACGUUCCUGAUUUUGGGUUACUCAAUGACCUUUUGUGGUCUGAUCCUGCAGAUCAGGAAAACGAUUGGGAAACCAGUGAGAGAGGAGUUAGUUAUUCGUUUGGCAAGAAGGUCAUUGCGGAGUUUCUAGCAAGGCAUGAUUUUGACUUGGUUUGUCGGGCACAUAUGGUUGUUGAAGAUGGUUACGAAUUCUUUGAAGAUCGAAUCCUCGUUACAGUAUUCUCUGCCCCGAACUAUUGUGGCGAGUUUGACAAUUAUGGAGCUGUGAUGAGUGUUUCGACAGAGUUACUGUGCAGCUUUGAACUUCUGAAGCCUUUGGACUCCAGCGCGUUGAAGAGUCAGAUGAAGAAAAGCCGUAACAAGCGAAAUAGUAUGGUCAACAGUCCUCCACCGACAGGGACCUUCGCUCCCCAGAGCGUAUAA